AUGAUGAUGUUCGAGCGCUUAGGUGCUCCAGGCGAAGAGAGCUCCAACGGCUUUAACAAUGCAGGCACUGGGCAUGCAGGCUUCAUGGAGCCAAACUACACAAAGGAGGUUAAGAAUGCGGAUGGGAGUCUGAGGACAGUGACCACUGAUAAAGUGGAGCAUGUCUGUGAGCAGUUCUUAUCCAGCCGCCAAUAUUGGGAGUAUCUCACCAAGACAGGCAAGCUGCCCAAACCCGAUACUUGGAUCCAUCAAACAAACCAUAUUGCGCUGGGUGUUGGGAAGGACCAAGUGGAGUUCAUCAAGAAGCGCUACGAAGCGAUGAAGUCUCAUCCCCUCUUCACCUCCAUGGAAAUCUGCCUUCCGGAGGAAAAGGAAAAGGCUAAGCAAUGGGCACCUUUGAUUGUGAAAGGUCGCGACCCCAACGAGCCUAUUUGCAUGACCAAAGUCCCUCAUGGUACUGACGUGGACUACGGUGCUUUGACAAAGGCAAAGAUUACUGCCUUCCAAGAACUUGGAGGUGACUUGCGACUUCACACGGAGGUGACAGAUGUCAAGAAGAACAAAGACGGGAAGUGGGUCAUCACCACCAAAGUCAAUGGUGCGGGUUCAGGUUGGGCCUACAACAAGGCAAAGUUUGUGUUUGUCGGUGCUGGAGGUUGGGCCUUGCUGAUGCUGCAGAAGGCUGGAAUUCCAGAGGUCAACGGUUAUAUGGCCUUGCCUGUGACGGGCGACUGGGCGAUUUGCCAGAACCCUGAGGUGGUGCAUCAGCAUAGGGUGAAGGUCUACGCCCCUGGUGCACCUGGAGCUCCUCCUAUGUCUAUGCCGCAUUUGGACUACCGCACUAUUGGUGGCAAGGAGGUGUUGCUCUUUGGGCCAUUCGGCUCGAUGACCAUGAAGUUCUUGAGGUACGGUUCUGUGACUGAUGCCUUUAGGGCACUCAAGCCUCACAACCUCAUCCCAACUGCUGGAGCAUUGUCAAGAAAUCUCAGCUUGGCCGUGAUGCUCAUGAAGGAUGUGUUCAAGAGCGCCAUGGGAAAGCUCCAUGACAUCAGGCACUACUAUCCAGAGGCUGACCCAGAUGAUUGGGUGUUCAUCCCUGCAGGUGUUCGUGCUCAGAUUAUCAAGAAGGACCCAAAGACUGGCAAGGGCAUGCUGCAAUUCGGAACUGAGGUGGUGACUGGUGAAAAUGGCACAAUUUGUGGCCUGCUGGGCGCAUCUCCCGGCGCCUCCACUUGCGUCUCGAUUGGCCCGGUCCUCGACUGCCUAGAAGUGAUGGCCUCCAACAUAAGGUCAUGCUCUUGA